CUUCAAUUUUCCAGGGGCAAAACGGUCCAAUAAUGUGGCUCUAUUUCUUUGUCUCAAGAUCCUUUCUUGAAUAGUUGAAACACACAAAUUUGGUCUCUUUGCAGUUUUGCAUAGCCACGUAGAAUUCAAUGCUAUAUAUAGCAUAGAGCUUACGCACACAAGAAAAGCAGAAAAUAGGAUACGGAUUUCAACCCCAAAAUUGGGCAAUAAACCAAUUCAAUGUGAAUGAAUCUAUUGGAGAUUACACUUUAAAGAGGCUCUGCAUGUCAGUAAUUUUUUUCUUUUUAAAUUUAGUCCCAAUUUUACUCCCAACACAAAUCCCACCUGUCCCUCUCCUCUUAUAUAAUCAGCAUUUGCUGUGUCUGAGCUUGCAUUUUGUUCUAUUGAAUGUUUUUUUGGGGCAAUUGAUACGAGUUUGUUGGGGGUUUUGAGAGUGAGAGUGAGAGUAAAUGCUGCUGUGAAAUGGCUGCUUCUGCUUCCUCUACUUUGGACUCUUCCCAAAAAGAAAUUGAGGAUGAGCUCAAAGAUUGUGGGAUUAGGCUCAUCAUUCCUCCUCCUUCCACUGAAGAGCUCCUCAAUCUACUCGAUAAAGUAGAAUCUCUAUUGAUAAAGGUAGGUCAAGCCCCUUCUGAUUCAAUGAAAGAUGCACUUCGACCAGUAAUGAGAGCUAUGGUUGGAAGUGAACUUGUAAAGAAUGCUGAUGUGGAUGUCAAAUUCUCUGUUGUAUCUUGUCUCUGUGAGCUUUCUAGAAUAACUGCCCCUCAGCAACCUUAUGAUGAUGGACUAAUGAAGGAAAUUUUCCAACUUAUAGUAAGGGCAUUUGAAGAAUUAUCUCAUUCAGCCCGCCAUUAUUAUAAGGCUGUCCAUAUCCUUGAAACUGUGGCGGAUGUCAAGGCCUGUGUGAUGCUGCUGGACCUUGAAUGUGAUGCUUUAGUUAUAGAGAUAUUCCAGCUGUUUCUCACGAUCAUCAGGCCCGACCAUCCUAAUGUUGUAUUCAAAAGCAUGGAAGAAAUCAUGACUCUGCUCAUAGAAGAAAGUGAUGAAAUCUCAAUGGAGCUUCUUCAGCCUCUCCUUGAUAGCGUCAGAAAGGAAAAUCAGAUUUGUUCACCUAUCUCGUCAAAAUUGGGAGAGAAAGUCCUGAAAGAAUGUGCUUCCACUGUUAGACCCUAUCUUGUAGAAGCCCUCAAGUCAAGAAGCAUGAAUCUUGAUGAUUAUGCUGAAAUAGUUGCCUCAAUAUGCAAUGAAAUGCCUGAGGGAGAACAAAUGCUUUACAGUCAGACGGAGCAGCUAAAGAAUAUUGGCAUUAGCAAUGGUAGUCAUGGUUGCCGGGUUAGGGCUAAGAAGAAACAGAGGAUGCCAAAUAAGGAGGCUCACCUGGGUGUGUUGGUUCCUGAAGGAGAUGUCUUGCAAUCUCAAGAUAAGAGAAAUGGCUCACUGCAUUCAGUUCUCAACUUUGGGGGUGAACAUAAGGGCACAGCAUGUAGCAAAAGAAAACCACGUCAGAGCUCAAAGAAGAGCGAGUCUGUUCCGAAAGGUGAUGCGGACACCACUUCUGGCCUUAACAUUGUAAGAGGAGGAGACCUUACUGAUGCUAAGGAGCCAUCAGUGCAACAAGUUGAUGAAAAGAAACAGAAGAAUGACAAAGCUACCAUUGAAACUCAUGAUGUAGAAGAAACAGGAGAUGAGGCGAUUAAACUAUCUUUUGGGGAUGAAAAUCUGUCAAGCAAACUUGGCAAAACUAAGCGCCAGAAGAAGCUUGCCAUGGGAAAGGAUGAGAAUUCUAAAAGGCGUCACAUCACCAAAAAUUAUGGAGAAGAAAUGGUUGGUACCAGAAUAAGAGUUUGGUGGCCAUUGGACAAAGUGUUCUAUGAGGGUGCAGUUACUGAGUUUGAUCCUGUGAAAAAGAGACACAAGAUCUUAUAUUAUGAUGAACAAGUGGAAACCUUGAAUCUGACUAAGGAACGGUGGGAGAUGGUUGGAGACAAUCCAUCUGACAAGUAUUUACAGAAGCAUGAGACAGAUCUUCAAUGCAAUGCUGUUUCAUCUGUUCCAUCCAUGAAGAAGAAAGCAAAAAGAACCUCCUCAACAAAAAGGGAACCUGGAGUCUCUUCAUCCAAAAGGUCUAAAAGAAAUGCCCAAAAGGGUGAAACUGAAUCCAUGGAUAUUCCAGUUCCAGAUGAGAUGAAUGAUGCUACUGAUGUUGGUUGCGCAACGAGCAGCAGAAAAAAGGAUCCUGUGGACAAGGAAGAUAACAUGAUCAAUGAGAAUCAGAUAUCCAAGAAUUCGAAAGUUGAUUUAGAGAGCUCACUGAUGCUUGAAGACCAUCCAUCUGACAAGAAGCAUGAAACAGAUCUUCAAAGCAGUGAUGUUUCAUCUAUACCCAGCUCAAAGAAAGCAAAAAGAACCUCCUCAAAGAAAAGGGAACCUGGAAUCUCUUCAUCCAAAAGGUCAAAAAGGAAGGCCCAAAAGAGUGACAUUGAAUCCCCGGUUAUUCCAAUUCCAGAUAAGAUGAAUGAUGCUACUGAUGUUGGUUGCGAAACGAGCACUGGGCAAAAAGAUCUUGUGGAUAAGGAAGAUAACACGAUCGCACAGAAGCAGAGAUCUGAGACUUUCAUACUUUCCUUAGAUAGCUCAUUAACGCUUGAAGACCGUCCAUCUGACAAGAAGCAUGAAACAGAUCCUCAAAGCAAUGAUGUUUCAUCUGUUCUAUUGAUGAAUAAGAAAGCGAAAAGAACCUCCUCAACAAAAAGGGAACCCAGAGUCUCUUCAUCCAAAAGGUUUUCUACCUUUAGGUCUGGAAAAAAUGCCCAAAAGAGUGACAUUGAAUCCCUGGAUAUUCCAUAUCCAGAUAAGAUGAAUGAUGCUACUGAUGUUAUUUGCGAAACGAGCAGUGGGCAAAAAGAUCUUGUGCACAAGGAAGAUAACAUCAUCACAGAAGCAGAGAUCCAAGACUUCCAAAGUGGCAACCUAGAGCUCAUUAAAGGAAGUGCACUCACAGCAUCGUCAAAGCUUUCCAAUGGUGCCUUAGAGAGCUCAUUGACGAAGGAAGCCAAUUAAAGUAUAAAGAUGCUGAAGUUGAGUUUGGGGAAAAGGUAGUAGUGGUUACUCGUUAUUCAUUCAAAUUUCGAAGUUUUAAAUCACAUUUGAACCCAAUAGUUCGUUUAACUUUAAAAGCUAUGAGACCUUGAGUUUGUUACGAUAGUUUGCGGAAUGGACAGCUGGAGGAUUCCAUGCUCGACCAUAUUCAUGCAGAUUUUUUAAAAAAAAUGUUUAUUUCUCCUUUGGUUUCGGUAUGAAAUUUGAGUUAACAAAGCAACUGCAUUCGUUGUAGUCCGUUGAUAUGUCAGAAAGGAUUCAAGUCCUUUGCUUGAUUA